AUGUUUCCAAGGUUCCACGCGGUAAUCAAUCUGGGAAAAGCAGUCCAGUCAUCCUACCCUUCUUCUCUUCCGUCCCCGUCGCUCUCUGUUCCCCUUCUCGUCGAGUCCCAUCUUCAGCCUGCUCCCGUGCUAUCGUCAACUUCCACCGUCAAGAAGAGUGCAACAGAAGAGGCCUUCCAAUUCUCCGUCUACUUCGCCCAGCUUUUCCAACCCACUGCCACAACCGCCAAUUGUCUCCCUCGCCACUCUCUACCACUCACUUCCUUGCUCACUCGACCAGCAAACACGACAACCACCUCUCGCCCAAAGACUGCACGCUUCCCCAACCUCGUGGUCGGGCUGCCAGCCUUGAACCCCAACCAAGCCAGCUGCACCACUUCACAGCGCUAUUGGAUUGAUUGUCCAAUAACUGCUCGUGCACAACUCGCCGCUGGUUCCACGAACCACAACCCCUCUCGUCCCUUCUCUCGUCUCUCGCGAGACCACGUCAUGGAAUGCUUGAAGAACAACUUUCACAAUGGAGUUGUACUCGGCGAUAGGUUCCAGACCAUCUCGCCCCUCAACCAUGGCUCUUUUGGCAUGGUCUUCUCGGCCCGCGAUCUGCAGACCAACGAGAUCGUAGCCGUCAAGUGCAUGACCAAAAGGUCGGCCGUCGCAGAUCCCAGCGUCGACUUGUUCUACGACGAGAAGUCAGAGGAGCUUUACUGCCACCGCCGUCUUGCUGCUCACCCCAACAUUGUCAACUUGAUCGACACUUUCGAAACCGAUGCUCAUCUCUACCUCGCACUCGAGUACUGUUCUCAGGGCGAUCUGUACGAGGCCAUCCGUAGAGGUUACGGGCCACUCGAGACCGAGCACGUUCGCCAGUUCAUGCUAGAGCUCGUCGACGCUGUCUCGUACAUGCACGAACAGGGCAUCUACCACCGCGACAUCAAGCCUGAGAACAUUUUCCUGUCGCAGACCGGAUCCAUGAAGCUCGGUGAUUUUGGCUUGGCCACGACCGACAAGUGGAGCUACGAGACCGCUGUUGGGAGCGACCGCUACAUGUCGCCAGAGCAGUAUGACUCUGCUGGCGCGGGAUACUCGCCCGCCCAAGCUGACAUCUGGGCCAUUGGUGUCUGCCUGCUCAACAUUCUCUUUUCCCGUAACCCCUUCACCACCCCGACCGAGUCCGACCCCUUGUUCCUCGACUUCUCGCGCGACAAGCAGUCUCUCUUCGACGUCUUCCCCUCGAUGUCUCAAGACACGUACGAGGUCAUUGUUCAGUUCAUGAACGUUGACCCGACCAAGCGUUCCCUGGUUGGAGCGCGUGAGGCUCUCCUGCGCGUCGUCAGCUUCACCACUGACGAUGAGGCCCUGGACGACUUCUGCACCGCUGAGCGGGCUGCCAUCGCCACUGCCAACCGUGAGCCUCUGCGCACUCCUUCGAUUCAGAGCCCGCUGGUCGAUCAAGGCGCAUUCCCGUGGACCAAGGCUCUUCAUGCUGGUGCCAAGCCAAUCCGUCAGCUCAGCGCCAUACCCGAUGACGAGAGCUACACCGAGGACCUGUUCCCCAAGUCGGAGAACACUUCGGAUUGGUUCUCUGGGUCUGCGAUGACUCCCUCCAUCUCCUCGGUGCUCACCUCCAACCUGGCGGCCUCGAUGCACUCCCUGUCCAUCUCGAAACCGGUCAACGUUUCCACGCGGGCUGCGCCAUCCCAUGUAUUGCCCAUGGCCGGCUCUUUGCCCAUCAACAUGUCGAGACCGAGGCCCACUCUCAAUGCCAUGUCCAUGGUCUUCGGCCGCCAGAAGGAUGCAGUCUCCAAAAGCUGGUCGGACAUGUGGGACGAGGACUUGGAGGAGGAUGAGGAGGAGUCGGCUCGUCAGCUGCAGGCGCUCAAGGAGCUCAACUCGCGGACGUGGAGUCAGGAGAGCAAGACGGAGGACGUCGACACUGUGCUUGGAUCCACGGCACAGACGCCAGUUCCUGCAUCUGAGGCGGACUUCUCGCUUUCCUCUCCGGUCGUCGACACCUUUUCGAGUGACAUCGACGGUGAUAUGGUGGCCGAUGGCUUCUUCUUUGAGGAACAGCCCGUCGUCGUCGAGCAGCCCAAGUAUUCGUCGUCUCGCUACUCGCCUCCGGCCAAGCGAUCCGGCCUUGACAAGUGGGCCGAGCUUGGCGAGCGUCGCCGUGCCUUGCCUCGGUCUUUCGAGCCCAAGUCUGUGGAGCCAGCUCUGAAGACUCAACGCCAAUUCGGGUACGACUUCAAGAGUUCGUUCGGCACUGGAAUCGGUCUCUGGGAUUCUACGAACCAACAACACUACAAGGGGAACCGGGACCGUGCCAAAUCGCGUGGUGCCUGUCCCUGGAACCAAGGACGAGACUGGAACUGGCGUGAGAAGCGCCAUGGUUUCGGCGACAUUGAGUGGGUUGGCCAUUGGCAAGAGUCUCACUAGAUGAGGGCUCGCCGAUGAUGCCUUUUGUAGUUGGGCUGAUUGCCCACAACUCUGCUUCUGGGGUUUGCUGCCAUCUUUCUUUGCCCACAUUCACAAAAACACUUUAUUCGAAGCACAUCUUGUUAUACUCUAUUAGGCCUAUUAUUGGAGGAUCCACAGGGGACUAAGGCCGCUCAACCAGACUGACUUUCCCCUGAGCAAACUUUUUUGGAUUACAACACUUUUUUUUUUUGGCAUGGACAGCAAACCCACGGCAUUGUUGAUGGAUCGAUCUGGCUUCUAGCUCGCUUUCUCGGUAUCUUACUUUUAGAUUAGCCCCCCUUAAGAAUACCAGAAGUUACCCACUCA